AUGGAGUUCCGGUGUCUUUUACGGAAGGCACUCGUCCCAAAGCCUCUUUUGGCAUCUCCUAAAAAUCCCUAUUCGAUCUCUACGUACACAAUUCGGGCAUUCUCAAACACAUCUGGGCUCCGCUAUCCCCCACCAACGAACCCCACCGCGACUCGGAGCAGAACAUCCAAUGCCUCCUCAGGAACGACCAUUAACGAACUCCUGGAAUUGGUGAAGACCAAAACUGGGCCAGCGCGCCGCAACUUCGAGUCACUCCUGGAAUCAAACGAGUUCUCCCGCGGUCAAAGCCUGAGCAGCCCUCCUCUCGGCAACAGGGCUAUCCCACGCACCGGACCUUCGGCAGGAAGAAGUGUUCAAGUUAGAGCUGAUCUACCAUCCGCUCUGUCAAGGUUGAGGAUGAUCUUGACGGCGAACAAUGUCAAGGCGGAUCAGGUUAGGCAGAGGUUCCACGAAAGACCGGGAUUGAAGAAGAAGAGAUUGAAGAGUGCAAGGCACAGGAAGAGGUUUAAGGCUGGAUUCAAGAAACUGGUGUCAAUUGCCAUGGAAAUGAAGAGGAAGGGAUUGUAA